AUGGCGACAGAUGGCAAUGCUGGGCACAUGUCCCAUCCUCACAGCGGCGAGUACCUGGCCGACGAGUCCAACGUGUACCCACCUCACCAUGGCAUGUCGGCGGGCAGGUACCUGGCCACGCGCGUCAGCUCGCUGAAGCCUGCCAUGACCAAGGCUCCCAACCCCAUCAAGCUGCUUCGCAUGUUGAAUCGCCACCACUGGGGCUUCUUCUCCAUCGCAUUCCUCGGCUGGUAUCCGCUGCCACAGACAUGGGACGCCUUUGACUUCUUCACCGUCUCGCUGACGGCCCACGACCUGGCCGAGACGUUCGACAAGUCCAUCGCCGACAUUACCUGGGGCAUUACCCUCGUGCUCAUGCUGCGGUCUGUCGGCUCCAUCCUCUUCGGUAUCGCCGCCGAUCGCUACGGACGCAAGUGGCCGUUCAUUAUCAACAACGUGCUGUUCAUUGUCCUCGAAUUGGGAACCGGGUUUACCCAAACUUAUGGCCAGUUUCUCGCAUGCCGUGCACUCUUCGGUAUCGCCAUGGGCGGGUUAUAUGGCAACGCCGCUGCCACCGCCCUGGAAGACUUGCCAAAUGAAGCUCGAGGUCUACUCAGCGGUAUGCUCCAGCAGGGCUAUGCAUUCGGUUACCUGCUCGCUGCGGCUUUCGCCCGUGCACUUGUCAAUACCACCCCUCACGGCUGGCGUCCACUGUUCUGGUUCGGCGCAGGCCCUCCAGUCAUUUUCAUAAUCUGGCGCUUCUUCUUGCCCGAAACGAACACCUACAUCGCACAUCAAGAGUUGCGCCGGGCGAGCGGCGGCGUCCACAAGACAUUCAUGAAAGAGGGACAGGUGGCCCUGAAGCGCCAUUGGCUUCUGCUCGUCUAUCUUGUCCUUCUCAUGGCUGGCUUCAACUUCAUGUCCCACGGCUCCCAGGAUCUGUACCCUACACUGCUACAGAACCAGUUCAACUUCAACGCUGACAUGGUCACCGUCACCCAAGUCGUUGCCAACCUAGGCGCCAUGACGGGAGGUACUGUGGUGGGCUUCUGCUCGCAGAUCUUCGGCCGCAGGAUCAGCAUCAUCGUCAUGUGCAUCAUCGGUGGCGCAUUGCUCUACCCGUACACAUUUGUCUCCAACGAGAGGAUCAUCGCCGCUGCUUUCUUCCAGCAGUUCUGUGUUCAGGGAGCUUGGGGUGUGAUUCCCGUUCACCUGAUGGAAUUGUCACCCGGCGCGUUCCGCACAUUCGUUGUCGGUACUGCUUACCAGCUCGGCAACCUCGUUUCGUCGGCCAGUUCGACCAUCGAGGCCACCAUUGGCGAGCGCUUUCCCCUGGCACCGACCGCGAGCGGCACUAAGCGAUAUGACUAUGGCACCGUCAUCUGCAUCUUCAUGGGCUGCGUGUACGCUUAUGUCAUCCUCUUGACCUUGCUAGGUCCGGAGCACCUGGCACGUAAUAUGGACGUGGGCCACGAUGCCGAUGCGGCCGAAGCCACAGGCAACGCCAACUUUGCAAAGGGGCUCGACCACGAUGCUCACAGUCAUGAUGCCCACGACGUCUCCAGUGUCAAUGGCGACGCCGAGAAGGGAAGGGCGAGCCACGGACAGUAG